AUGAGCACGUUGGAACUCGAUAAGCAUGAAGUGGACUACCCACUUGAUCACUACCAAGUGACCGUCAAAAAUAGAGAUAUAAUCCGUGCAACGCAUGGGCCAGCUAAUGAAUAUUGGCUUCCUCAGUCGAACCUAGACUUACUCUUACCACCACUUGCCGCGGGAGUAUUUUUCUGCUACAAGAAAAAGGAGGGCGACAUCGAUAUGUCACCUGAGUAUGUUGUGAACACAUUGAAGAAAUCUUUGGCACGCGUGUUAUCGAUAUUUUACCCACUUGCUGGAGAGAUUGUACGUAAUAGCCAAGGGGAGCCGGAGGUGCGUUGCAACAACAAUGGUGUCGAGUUCAUUCAUGCUCAAGCUGAUGUGGAUCUGAAAAGCUUAGAUUUUCAUCACCCUGAUGAAACGGUAAAGGGAAAGUUGGUGCCUAACAUAAGUUGUGGUUUGAUAUCGGUUCAGGUGACAGAGUUGAAUUGUGGUUCAGUAAUAGUUGCAUGUGCAUUUGAUCAUCGGAUAGCUGAUGGUGUCUCCUUGAACCUCUUUUUAGUUUCAUGGGCCGAGCUAACCAAAUUCAAACAAAUUUCCAACAUGCCAUCGUUUCGUCCUUCAAUCCUCAACCCAAGACGUCCACCAUUUUACGACACAACCUUUGAUGAUUUGUAUCUUCCCAUAUCAUCACUGCCUCCACCACCGCCAUCAGAUGAGCAACUUCAUAGUCGCAUUUUUUAUAUUCCUGCUAAAUCUAUCAACCAACUUCAAUCGGAUGCUAGUUCAGAUGGAGCCAGAAGAAGCAAGCUCCAAUCUUUUACGGCAUUCGUAUGGAAGUUAUUUGCUCAUGAUGGACAAAAUGAGGUUUCUAAAAAAUCUAGAAUGGGUGUUAUUGUUAGUGGGAGAAAUUUCUUAAAAGGAAAUGGUGAAAAUGAAUCUUCCUUGUUAAAAAACCAUUUUGGAAAUAUACUAUCUAUACCAUAUGGUGAAUUGGACAAUGAGUAUCUUAGGACAAGGCCACUUAGCAAAAUCGCGAAAGAGGUCAAUGAGUUUGUGGCUAAGGCAACAAAAGAAGAACAUUUUAGGGGGUUGAUUGAUUGGGUAGAGUUGCAUAGGCCCGAACCAGCAGUGGCUCGGGUCUAUUUUAAACUACAAGAGACUGAUGGGGAGGCUGUAGUUGUAUCAUCAGGACAAGGUUUCCCGAUUCAUGAUAUGAGUUUUGGAUGGGGCGAGCCAGAUUUUGGCUCGUACCAUUUCCCUUGGGGUGGUCAGACCGGAUAUAUGACUACGAUGCCAAGUGCUACCAAGAACGGAGAUUGGGUUGUUUAUACGCAUCUCAAACAAAAACAUCUUGAUUUGAUCGAAAGUAAGGCAUCCCAUGUCUUCAUCCCCGUUACAAAUUCCUAUUUGAAGUUUUAUUAAUGUAUAAAUCAAGCUUUUAAGUAUGUUUAUAUUGCUUACUAUUCUAAACUUCUCAUCCUUU